UUCAGACAAAGCACGAACAGAUUCAGAGCUACAGAGACAGGGAGUUCAGAGUAGAGACUGGCAAUGGAGGCGGAAUUGAAUGGAUUGCUUCAUGAUCUCGAUUCUCUCAAGCAAUCACUGCAUGAUCCUUCUUCCCUUGCUUCUCUCGACAAGCUGCGAUCACGAGUUGAGCAUGUCACAAACCUUGCCAAGUCGGCAGCUGUUCGCCGUUCAAAAGUCAAGGAUAUGAGUGCUGAGGUGGUCGAUAGUAAUCCUUACAGUAGGCUUAUGGCGCUUCAGAGGAUGGGUAUUGUGGAGAACUAUGAAAGAAUUAGAGAGUUCUCAGUUGCCAUAGUUGGAAUUGGUGGUGUGGGAAGUGUUGCAGCUGAGAUGCUGACUAGAUGUGGCAUUGGCCGCCUUUUGUUGUAUGACUAUGACAAAGUGGAGCUGGCAAACAUGAACAGAUUGUUUUUUCGUCCGGAUCAGGUUGGCAUGACAAAGACCGAUGCUGCUGUUCAGACUCUUUCAGACAUAAAUCCCGAUGUGGUGCUAGAGAGCUAUACGCUGAACAUCACAACAGUUCAAGGUUUUGAGACCUUUAUGUCAAGUUUAAGAAACAAAUCUUUUCGCCCCAGCAAAGAAGGUAGUGGAGUGGAUCUUGUAUUAAGCUGUGUAGAUAACUACGAAGCCAGGAUGGCUGUCAACCAGGCCUGCAAUGAGUUGAAUCAGACAUGGAUGGAGUCUGGUGUAUCCGAAGAUGCGGUUUCAGGUCAUAUACAAUUGCUGGUUCCUGGAGAAACUGCUUGUUUUGCAUGUGCACCUCCUCUGGUUGUGGCAUCUGGAGUAGAUGAACGGACACUCAAGCGGGAGGGAGUUUGUGCAGCAUCUUUACCGACUACGAUGGGAGUGGUUGCUGGGCUUUUAGUUCAAAAUACACUGAAGUUCUUGCUAAGUUUUGGAUACGUUUCCCCCUACUUGGGCUAUAAUUCUCUUAAAGAUUAUUUCCCGACUAUGCAAAUGAAGCCAAAUCCACAAUGCUCCAAUGUGGCUUGUCUGCAGCGGCAGAAUGACUAUAUUCUUGCAAAGCCGGCCAGGGAUGCUGCAGCUAAAGCCAAGAUGCAAGCUGAAGCAUCCACAAGUGUAGAAGGUCCUCUUCAUUUCGAUAAUGAAUGGAACAUAAGUGUUGUUGAUGAUAGCGAGGUGGAUACAACAGGUGCCACAAGUUCAGACAAUCUCCCAGAAGGUCUUACCCGUGAGCUCCCAAGUGCAGAUGAAUAUCAGAAACUUCCAGUUCCUGCAGAGAUAGCUUCUAUUGAUGACCUUGAUGAUCUUCGGAGGCAACUUGAGGCUCUUAAUGCUUGAUUAAUAGCGGCUCUCUUUUUUCCAGAGAAAGAUGGUAGAGUUAUUUUCUUUUUUGAACUAAUUUAUUGAUAAACAGAAACGUUUUGGCUUUCAUUUGUACUUAAGUUGGAUCACACACAAGUCAUACGAUAUUCAUUAGGGUAUUUUAAAAAAAUAAUUCUAAAUAUUAUUAGGAUUCUUGCUUUCUUUCCCAGGAAGUAAGACCGUAAAUUUA